GUUACAGUAUCGCUUUGAAGAUGCUGGCCUCGGAGACGCUCCAUAUGCGGAGGUUGCCGAAGCGUCGGCUUCGCGCCUUGCAAAAGCGGCUGCCGAUGCCCAGUCGGGCGCCAACCACCUGGCCGGGGACAUGGUUGCGCACUGGCAACAGCAUCUGUGCAGUGGAGAUCUUGAAGCACGAGUGGCUCGCCUUCGUGGUCUGCCUUCCAUCUCAAGUGGCAAGUCGUGA